AUGGGGAGGAACUCGACAGAGGCAGCGCGGCGGGAGACGAUCGACCUCGAGGAUAUAAGCGCACACAUCCGGGCCUCGCACGGGGGUGCCGCCGCUCCGACACGGCCGUGGUCGCGGAGGACGGACGGGACGACGGAUUUCUACGGCGCACGGCAUAGCAUCGACAGCGCGAGGACGGACGACAUCAGGGACUGGCCGCGGUACGCCAAGAUGGAGAAGGCCGGGUCCGCGUUCCCGUCGCCGCUGGGGACGAGCGUCUCGCAGACGAACUUCCUACACCCGCCAACGCCGGACGCCAUGGACAGCAGCGCCAGCGCGGCCUCGUUCGACCGCAAGCGCGACGAGUUCAACGACACGAUACACCUGACGUCGAACGCGCCGCCGGGGGCCGAGGGGGGCAAGGCGGGCGGCAGCAGCUUCCUGUGGUGGACGUGGGCGCUGUGGCUGCUGGGCGCGCUGAUGGUGACGCUGACGGGGCUGUACUCGACGGGGUCGGCCAAGGCGCUGAUGAAGCAGAGCUUUUUCGUUGCGUCGCCGCAGAACUCGAUUCUACUGCUGCGCGUGUUGACGGAACUCUGCGCCGUUGUGUUGGCGGCGCUGGUGGUUGUCGUGGUGGAGGAUCUGCAGUGGGCUCUGGCCUCGAGGCCUGGGGGCGCCAUCUCCAUCGAAAUGGUCACCUUCCCCGAGAAGACGUAUCCAGUAUCUGCCGGCAUCGGUCCCUUUAAUGCUUCUAAUGUCUAUCAUGUCCGAAACUCCACGGCGACCGCUUUGCUGGUGCAGAUGGGCAGUCCCGCGUGGUCCGACCGAGACUCCUUCUCCCUGGACCCCCUGACCAAGGGCGUCGGAAAGUGCACAGGGCCGGACGGCAACUGGGCUCCGUGUGAUGAGUCGCAUCUCCUCACUGGCGGUGUCGUCGCCAUUGCUCCGCAAACAGACGACCUGAAGCAGCUCCCGGGGUCGGCCUCCUACGUGGUCCCCAAGACAAGAGUCGUUCAGCUCGAGUACGGAAAGGUGCCGGAUCUCGAGAACCUGCGCAAGACCGGAAAGUGCUUCCUUCUCGGAGCCGCCAGCGCCGCGUCUUACUGGUGUGCCAAGACCGGCGACAACAACGCACUCCUUUUCGGCUCCGCAUACUGCCCAAUCUCCAUGCAGGCCACGAGCUCCUGCAUCAACGACACAACUUGGACCAGCAAGCUCGAAAUCUCCUCCUCCCUCUUCGUCUACUCGCGCCUCGCCACCAUCACCUACGACCGCGGCAACUUCUCCAUCCUCGCCGUGACCGACAUGACGCCCGCGAAGCAGGACAUCAUCACCCUCGACGACUACAUGCUCUCCCUCUCCGCCGUUGUGCCCGGCUUCAACACGACGAGCAGCCAGGACGCCACCAAGGGCGACAACUCGGCCCUCGCCAUCUACGCCGUCACCGCGCUGCCUAUCAACGACUCCGAGGUUGCCAAGAAGCAGUCCCUCAAGGCCAUCCGCAAGGCCAUGUCUGUGCCCUUCCACUACUUCCACGCAAACUACUUCUCCAAUGGCCCGUCCAUCUGGGAGCUGACCGGCCCGCGCGAGGGCCUGCCGGCGGACAUGUACACCGACCUGUCCAUCUCCGUGCUCAGCCACCAGGUCGUCGCGGGAAAGGUCAGCAGGGUGCUGUUUGUGCUCGUCAGCAGCACGAUUCUGUGCCUGUCGGCGGCGAUUAUCGUGGCGACGUCAAGAGUGUGCGAGAAGAGGCCGGAGCGGUGCGGGUACCCGACGCUCGACUUUGCGGCGGUGUGCGCCGUCCGGGGGAUGCAGCCGGCGCCGGCGGGGUGGGACCAGGAGAGGCAGGACGGGACGGGCGGCCCCGGUGCUGGUCCCGGAGGUCCCGGUGGCGGCGGACACACGUUGCACAAGAGCCUGACGCAGCUGGGGCAGAAGCCGAAGCCGUUCGACGUUGCAAAGAAUAUCAAGAACGACCGCGUAAUAAUCAGUUGA